UAGUCGACAACAACGUCACCACAGAUUUAUGAAUUCUGUGUUCAAAGUUUAAUCAUUUAAUCAGAAAAAUGAGGAAAAUAGUGAAACGGACGCAGAGUUAUAGCUUAGACUUAAUUUCAUUUUGUUUUUUAAUAUUGUUUACAGUUAUGGUGGCUUUACAGUUGAUUAUUGCUAUAAUUUUAAACAUUGUUUUUGUCUCUUAUUGUGAUAGAAGAAUCAAAGAUGGUGCAGAGGUGACAGGAACUAAAAGAUACGUGGCUUACUUAGUAAAAGCUCCAAUGUCAUCAAAAGCGUAUGACAGUUGGGUUUGUGGAGGAGCUAUAGUAUCAACGCUUUUCAUAAUAACAUCAGCUGCUUGCGUGGACGAUGUGGAAUACCUCUAUGCGGUCGCUGGGUACAAGAAGUAUGUCACAGACAAGGAUAUUGACACUGAUCAGUGUACUAAAACAAUGAAGAAGAAAGUGAUUUAUACUUGUGUUCCUAUGAAAUACGAAUUAAACUACUAUCAAUUAGAAAAGUGGUCAUACAUAGACAUUGCUGUAGUAAAAGUGGAAUCACCGUUUGAUUUUAACGACAGCCAAUAUGAAAGUCUUUGUUCAUACAAACCUAAAGUUAUAGGAGUUAACUAUGAGAAACGAUUUCAAGAUCCAGGUGUCGAUGGCUUAGUAUAUGGAUGGGGACAUCUAGAUAUCUGGCGAAAACCAGGAGAUACGAAAAAUUACAAUCAAGAGUCAUUACGAUAUGCAGCUGUUAAGAUUAUAGAUAAGACUUUGUGCAAAAAGGCGUAUAGUAAGUUCCCUAAUAUGAGCAACGUUAUCGAUGAAUUUAUGAUAUGUACUGAAGGGAAGGGAGAAAUAGAUGAACAUGGUAACUUAGACCUGAACGAAGGAAGUAGUGACACAAAACUAAAUGGAUGUAAAGAUUCAGUAGACAAGCUUACACUUUGCGAUAAGGAUACUGCCGCGGCCAACGUGUUCUUAGAAGAUGAAACACGUAGAGAAGUUUUAAGGUCUGCCAACCAAACUUCUAACCAGACGACGAUUGUCAAAAAUGAGACUUUAUCAAGCAGAAGAUUUAGUACGCGAAAAACUGGGAUUUGUCAGAAUGAUCACGGAGGACCUCUAGUAACUUGGGCGGGGGCCAAUGAAGUACUAAUCGGUGUUGCAUCUGUGUUUAAAGUGACGACUGAGUCUACAUGCACUGGACCUUACUUGUACACCAGCACUCGAUGCAAUGGAAUGUUUCUGCAUUGUAUACUAUCGUCUAAGGCAAGGAGAAGAUCCAUAUGCGACAGUCCACCGAUAAUGAGAGGUUACGAAACUGUCGAGAAAUUCGUAUCGUGGAAAAAUCAUCCAGCAGGGCCCGCACAAAAUGAAAUUGAAAUCGAUGAUCAAGAAAAGGCUGAGGAACAGAAGAAGAUAUACAGGGAGUUUGCGAAAAUAAAUAAGUUUUCAGAUAAUCAAAUGAUUGCCCUCAGACCACAACUGCCUAUUAAUAAAUCAUAAACGAAACGAGAGUGCCGAAUGCGCUCUCGUUUCUCGUUCGUCAAACUUGUACUAAGGGUACUGUUCAGUAGUUUAGCGUCAAUGAGUAACAAACAUACAUAAUUCUUACAUUCUCACAAAUUAAAACGUAAAGUAGGAUAGGAUAGCAGGAUUAGUUAGGAAAGUGAUUACUUGUAAUCUUAAUCAAAUUUUUGCGUCUAUAUUAAAAAAAUAAUAUUUCAA